AUAAUAUUCGCGCUUUCAACGCACAUCACACGCGAAUGGUUCCUUAUCCAUGAGACGCCAGCGUCUGUUGUGGCGUUUGGAGUGUUGGGAGGGUCGGGACUGUUAUUACUGGCUUGGCAAAACUUUAUGG